AUGAACCUCUUCCGGCUCCCUGAUGAGCUGAUAUUCUCAGCCCUCUGCCAACAAUUCCCCUGCCGCGACCCUCAGAUCCGCGCGCUGGCAACUCUUCUUCAUCCCUCAGCAGCCCCAUGUCCCAACCUCGUCCUUCACGGCACCGAGGCCACAGGGAAAACCGCCAUUACGAGCGCUCUCCUCUCCAAACUCUCUUCAUCCCUCGAUAACCAAGAUGAAAAAGAAGGCCCUACCCUCCGCUACGCCAUCAUCAACUCCCUUGAGUGCAUCACCGCGCGCCAUCUUUACGAGACUGCUGUCGCGAAGGUCGCUGCCGCCUUAGAAUGGGACUUGAGCUCAUCAGGCCGAUGCGAGUCAGUCUCGCAACUGACGGUCGAGCUGUGCAAGAUGCUCAAGUACCCAUCCCGGCCAGACGGGUUCAGGUUUGUGCUGGUGUUCGAUGGGAUUGAUCGGCAGAGAGAGGCGCCGGGGACUUUGCUACCGGGGUUGGCUCGGUUGUCUGAGAUUAUCCCCCGUCUAACCACCCUCUUCAUAGUCACCACGCCCCCUCCAUCCCUCCACCUGCACCCCCCCAUCCCCCACAUCUACUUCCCCCCUUAUUCCAAACCCGACUAUGUCACCAUCCUCUCUGCCACGAAACCUCCUCCCCCGUCUCCCACAACCUCGCCUUCCGACACAGCCGACCUCUGGAUGAGGUUCAUUGGGGCGGUGUAUGAUUCGCUAGCCAAAGCCGCCUGUCGGACGUUACCGGCUCUGAAGCAUGCGUGUGAGACUCUUUGGCCGAGGUUUACUGCUCCCAUAGCGCAGGGAAUUUAUGGCGCAAGAGAAUUUAGCAAGCUACUUGUCGCGGGGAGGGUCCUGUUCCAGGAUGAGAACGUGCUCGAGCCGGGAGUUGUCUCUCUCCCUCCUGCCGGUAGCAGCAAACCCUCUCUUCCCAGCAAUCCCAACCCCAGUUUCAUCACAGCCGGGCCGUUAUCUCCCGUCAAGAAGCCUCCCCAACCAUCAGCUACUUUGAAGGGAACGACAACAGCAGACCUAGCAACUCUCCUCCCCCCAACCGCCCGAUUAUUACUUCUCGCCUCCUACCUCGCCUCACACAACCCCUCCCGCUACGACAUAACCCUCUUCUCGACGCACUACCACGGCCGGAAGCGCCGUCUGGGUGGCCCUAAGUUAAAAUCCUCGACCCCCGGACAGCGCAGCAAACACCGGAAGAUCUCUCGCAAACUGCUCGGUGCGCACGCCUUUGUUCUAGAGAGGAUGCUCGCUAUAUAUGCUGCUGUACGAUCGGAGUGGGAUCCGAAGUUUAACCUGCGCGAGGGGGAUGAGGUUGUGGCAUUGACAGGUGAUGUUGAUGUGGGGAUGGCGCUUGCCACCCUCGCUAGCCUGAGGUUACUCGUCAAGGUUGGAGGAGCUGGAGGGGGAGGGUCGGCGGCGAUGGGGGGGAUUGGACUGAGUGGGGGAGGGGGACUGGUGCCGGCCGAUGUGAUGGAUCGGGGAGGCAAGUGGAGGGUGAAUGUAGGGUGGGAGUUUGUAAGACGGGUGGGGAGAAGCCUUGGAGUUGAGGUAGAGGAGUGGUUGGUUGAGUGA